AUGGACGAGGUGGUCAUCACUCUUCCGCCAGAGGCGGGGAAGGUUCUCUCCCAGAACAUGUGGAUUCUGCAGGUAGUCGCCUUGUUGGCGAUUGGGUCGUACAAUGCACUCGAGGUGAUUAUUGUCGUCUUCGACACCUUCGUCCGAUAUCGGGGACUUUACUUUUGGAGCAUCCAAAUAUCAUCAUGGGGCAUCCUUCUCCAUACCCUCUCCUCAAUGGUCCGAUUGGUCUCCCUGAGCCCAAAUCUAUCGAUGACCAUUGUUUUCAUGAUCGGCUGGUAUGCCAUGGUCACCGGUCAAGCUCUCGUCCUCUAUUCCCGUCUUCAUCUCGUGGUUCCAGAUAUCAUCAAGCUCCGCUGGGUUCUGUACAUGAUCAUCGUGAUAGCUAUCAUUCUGCAUGUCCCAAUGACGGUCCUCGUCUUUUGCCUCUUUUCAGAGCAGCUCCAUUUCGCCCGAGCCGCCGCCAUCUUCGACCGCAUCCAGUUAGCAGGCUUUUGCAUUCAAGACUUCGUCAUCUGCAUGAUCUAUAUCCGCGAAGCAUGCCGGACUCUAGGCCUCAUUUUCGAAAUUCGCGGCAAACAAGGCCGACGCGUCAUCAUCCACCUGAUCUGGGUCAACGUGUUCGUACUCGUUCUCAACGGUCUUCUCCUCGUCGCCGAAUAUAAUUUCCACUAUAUGGAAAUCGGUCUCAAAGUCGCCGUAUAUAGCAUCAAGUUGAAACUCGAAUUCUCCGUGCUCAAUCGCCUUCGCUCGCUGACUCACGCCCGACCCUGCGUCUGUCAGCGACCCUCCCCUGCCCCGGAUCGAUCCGGCCCAAGUCGCUCUUCCAGCGAAUUCGGUCUGUACAGUUUGAUCUCCUCGCGAGCGCGCUGGCCACGCGCGGACAUUGAAGAGACGUCCGCGUUUGCUCAUACAGGGGGAAGCUCAUCGCCGCAGCGUGCGCACUCUCUGGGCCACUCGAGCAGCGCGCAGGAUUUCCACGAGGCGUUGCGUGAAACCUCCGUUACCGAUAACACCAUUACUCACGUGGAGACGUGUGUUCUAUCAGACUCGACGCUUUCUUCCGAACCCCGUGCGCGAGGUCGUCUCGAGACAUCAACUCCGAGAUCCACCGCAGAAAUCGAAUUGCUUGUGACGCCGAGGACGAGGUGA